UCGCGAUAAACAUGGAAAUGGUCUCCAAUGGUGAUAUGUAGCUGCAGCAGAUUAUAGCCUGCAUCAUGGAAGAAAAACAAAUGUAGCCACGGGUUGCAAAAACGAUGCUAGUUUUGCGUGCACGCGUAUCAUUGAAUGAAGCCUGUCUACAGUAUGAAUUUGAUAUUUACAGUGGAGGCAAUUUAGCUGUCUGUCAAUUGGGCUGCUAGCUAGUGAAGGGCCAUGUUAGCUCGAUGCUUAAUGCUAAGUCGUUUAUUGUAUAGUUGAGGUUUGGAAUCAUGCUCAUUGACGCUACCAAUUUCACACAUCCAAAAUAAUAGUGGAACAUCUGCGUGUUAUCAACUUUCGGAAGAAAGUUGAAAUAGCUAGCUAAGCCAGCUAGCAUCUGAGAAGGUAUUGGAUUCAUAUUUCACCCAAUUUCCUCCAUUUGAAGAAAAGCAAACUGGCUGAGAUGGAUGAACAAAGUGUUGAGAGUAUUGCGGAGGUGUUCCGCUGUUUCAUCUGUAUGGAGAAGCUGAGGGAUGCUCGGCUCUGCCCCCACUGCUCCAAACUCUGCUGUUUCAGCUGCAUACGGCGCUGGUUGACUGAGCAGAGAGCCCAAUGCCCACACUGUCGGGCACCACUGCAGCUGCGGGAGUUGGUGAACUGCCGCUGGGCUGAAGAGGUUACCCAGCAGCUGGACACCCUGCAGCUCUGCAAUCUCUCCAAACACGAGGAGAACGACAAGGACAAGUGUGAGAACCACCAUGAGAAACUCAGUGUGUUCUGCUGGACCUGUAAGAAGUGCAUCUGCCACCAAUGUGCUCUGUGGGGAGGCAUGCAUGGCGGCCACACCUUCAAGCCUCUGGCUGAGAUCUACGAGCAGCACGUGUCCAAGGUGAACGAGGAGGUGGCCAAGCUCCGCCGCCGCCUCAUGGAGCUCAUCAGCUUGGUGCAGGAGGUGGAGAGGAACGUGGAAGCAGUGCGAGGGGCCAAAGACGAGCGAGUGCGAGAGAUUCGUAAUGCAGUAGAGAUGAUGAUUGCCCGUCUCGACAACCAGCUCAAAAACAAACUCAUCACCCUCAUGGGUCAGAAGACCUCCCUCACCCAAGAGACUGAGCUACUGGAGUCUCUCCUGCAGGAGGUGGAACAUCAGCUGCGCUCCUGCAGUAAGAGCGAGUUGAUCUCCAAGAGCCCAGAGAUCCUGCUGAUGUUCCAGCAGGUUCACCGCAAGCCCAUGCAGUCCUUUGUCACCACUCCAGUCCCCCCUGACUUCACCAGUGAGCUGGUUCCUGCCUAUGACUCAAGCACUUUUGUUCUGGCCAACUUCAGCACCCUAAGACAGAGGGCAGAUCCCGUCUAUAGCCCCCCACUCCAGAUAUCUGGCAUCUGCUGGAGACUCAAGGUUUAUCCAGAUGGCAACGGUGUGGUGCGCGGCAACUAUCUGUCCGUUUUCUUGGAACUAUCUGCAGGACUCCCUGAAACGUCAAAAUAUGAGUACCGUGUGGAGAUGGUCCAUCAGGCCUCCAGCGACCCCACUAAGAACAUCAUCAGGGAGUUUGCAUCAGACUUUGAGGUGGGGGAGUGCUGGGGCUACAAUCGCUUCUUCAGACUGGACCUGUUGGCCAGCGAGGGCUACCUCAACAUGCAGACUGACACCCUGGUCCUCAGGUAUCAGGUUCGUUCACCCACCUUCUUCCAGAAGUGCAGAGACCAGUACUGGUACAUCAGCCAGCUGGAGUCAGCCCAGUCCAGCUACAUCCAGCAGAUCAACAACCUCAAAGAGAGGCUGGCCAUUGAGCUGUUCCGUAGGCAAAAGUCUCGCAGCUCUUCCCCUCCUGACCGGCGCCUGGGCACCUCUACGUCGGAGAGAGACUCCCGCUCAGGGAAAGGUCCCGUGGCUGAGGAUGGCUGCCAGACCACUGCCACUGAGACCAAAGUGGAAGAGGAGGAGGAGGAGAAGACCCAGCACGAUGACUCCAAUGAGCUGUCUGAUGGGGACUUGGAAGUGGACUGUCUGACGGGGGACGAGGAGGUGAACCCUCUGGACGGUAGCAGCACCUCGGGCAGCUCCACGGCAACGAGCAACACAGAGGAGAACGACAUCGACGAGGAGACCAUGUCUGGGGAGAAUGAUGUGGAGUUCAGUGGGAACCUGGAGAUGGAGGAGGGAGAACUGGCUGACGAUGUGGCAGGGGCAGCAGGAGGCUCUAACCAUGGGGCCAGGUGUCUGAGGCGUGGUGGAGGUCUCUCCUCCGCUGGCAGCAACAACAGUCUGCUGGAGAUUGACCCAGUCAUCCUCAUCCAGCUACUGGACCUGAAGGAACACAGCAACGUGGAGUCACUAUGGGGCCUUCAGCCCAGACCCCCUGCUUCCCUGUUGCACAGCCAAGUCCAAGUCCACUCCAGAAAGGAGCGGGGUGAGCGCCGGCCUCAGGCAGUGAGGAGGGGAGCCCCAGACUCAGGGGUCCUGAUCCGGCUCAAGGCCCAGAUGGCUGAGGUGCGCAGUAAGAUGACGGAUGUCAAGUUUCAGCUGGAGGCGCGGGGGGAGGCCAGGGUAGGACCCUCUGGCAGAGCCACAGGGGAACAGGGGCCCUCUUACCAUGCAGACUCAGACCUAGGGCCCAGCAGAAAGUCCACAGAGCUGGAUCUGAUGGGUAAAGGACCUGGGGCCUCCAGACACUGUCGCUCUGGAGGGAAGAAGGCCUUGUCUCCCAAGCAGGAGGGCAGCAGGCAGGGCCUGAGAAGAGCUACAGACGGAGUGGAGAAGGAGUCAAGAGGCCAGAGCGGUGAAGAGUUGUCCUGUGAUCAAAGUCUCUUCCCCAGGGACACCCCCAAUGGAUCAGAAGGAGCCCUGAAGCCACACAGCGUGCACAGCUCCCCUCCUUCUCUUGGCAGCUCAUCGUCAUGCUACGACAGCAAGCCCUGCAUUUCCAAACACGACCAGGAGCAGCUCUACGGGGCUGACCUGUACGCUCUGGGGGGCCUUAACGGCAUCUCCACCUCCACCAUAGCACGACCCAGGACCCAGCCCAUGGGGUCCGGCCUGCUGACGGACAGCUCUCUGGACUGUGACUUGGAGGAGACGGCUGAGGUCCGCCAGUCACUGCUCUCCCUGGCAGAGGGACCCUCUUCACGCCCUGAUGAAAGUGAGCCGUACUGCUCUAACCCCCCUCUUCCUUCACCUCGACCCUCCUCUAUGGAGGAAUGCUAUUGUGACGGCAGUCAUCUUGUCCAGAAGCAGACGGUGGUGCUGCUGCCAGGUAUGAGCAGUGACAGUGAGAUCGACUGUGACACGGAGAACGAAGAUGAGGUGGCGGCCCUGGAGGCUGGAGACUGUCGCUAUGAUGCCCAGGCACUGCCCUGUGCAGGUCAAUAUUGUUACCUGCCACACAUGGGCCCAGUUGAACUCUGACGACCUGUGCUUCACCACAGGAGAGAACACCGAGAGGUGAUUCUCCUCCAACAUGGCCUCCACAGCCGGUCUAAACAGUGGCCAUCGCCAUAUGGGCACUGGAAAGCAGUGUAUAUAACUUUAAUGUACACAAGCACUUGUGUAGACACUUGCAUGCAGUCAUUCUAGUCACCGGCAACCCCAAAUGCAAUGAGAAUGCUACAACUCACUAAGUGAGCACCUUGAUGAUGACUGCAAAAUAUGUAAAUAUAUUUGAUCACUUUUAUUAAUCUCCAUUUAUAUUUAAAUGUAAAUUGGAUUAAAUAUGAGUUAGAAUGGGGUGACGAACAAUAUAUUUGCGAGAGACAUUCUUUAGGCUAUCGUUGUGAAAAGUAAAAUAGUAACAUUUUAUCAUAUGUAACUAACCUCAUGGUUGAUGUUUGCAACGUCUAAAUACUUCGAUUGGGCUUUGGUCUGGACAUCAUGGGCUCUGGUCUGGACAUCGAUUGAGCUCUGGUCUGGACAUCGAUUGAGCUCUGGUCUGGACAUCGAUUGGGCCGUGGUCUGGACAUCGUGAGCUCUGGUCUGGACAUCGUGAGCUCUGGUCUGGACAUCGUGAGCUCUGGUGAAUUUUGAGAAUUAAGCACAGUACACCUGCUUCACAACAGAAGAGAACCUCAAUCUCUCUGCCUUUCUGGUUCAAUGAGGUGCUAUUGAUGUGUUUGUGUGGAGGAGCACAGUCAGGCAGGCAUCACACAGUGCUGUAAUGAACACACCAUUCUUGAAAACAGUCUGAACGAACGCCUUGAAGUGGACGCAUUUAGUACCUUUUAUUCCUGUUUCACCAUUGAUUUAAAACUUGUUAGGAAGUCCCUUUCUGUGCAAAUCUUAUCAUUGCAAACUACUGUAUUUUGUCUGCUACUCCCGGUAGAUUGGACUUGCUUGCCCCCCAGUAAAUCUUUCAGAACAAGAACCAGUUUUUCUGCUGUGUAGACACAUUGAAGGAUGUAUCAAUGGUACGUCCUUCUCUGGCAUGUGUAAGAGAUUGCUACCUUCUGAAUGUGUAUUGAGUAGUUUCUUAGUAGAAAAUUAGGCAUGACUCUUGCUCACCGUAGCGGAUUUUGCCUGACUUGAUGAUUCACACUGAAAUUUCUUGGUUGACAGUCUGGGCUUCAAUUGCUUUUUAACCUUGUCUCGUAAUUAAACAUCAAAGCUGAUGUACCUUAUCCGUACAUACAGGGUUCUUUCUUUCACCAGUAAGUGUUUUCUGCAGCCCUUGUCAAGUCAAGCUCUGUAACAUAGGCAAGGUGGUGGUUUUGAGUUUUCUGUGCUGCGAUCUCAACUCUUUUUCUGUAUUGUGUCCUCAACUUCUGCUCGUCUUUGAAAAAAUGGGUCCAUGCAAAUUCACACAUUUUGACUUCUAUGAAGCAGAUAUAAUUUUGUUUUUCAACUUGGUGGAUUCCUUUCUCUUUUCAAAAAAUGGAUCCAAAUGUCACAUUCCGUCAUCUUGAUUCUAGAUUAUUUAAUUUGCAUGUUUUCUGGGCAAAAUUUGACCAAGGCAAUAUUUGGAAAGUCAUUUGUUUGACAAAGACAUGUGUAAAUAAGUGUUUGUUUUGUACAAAGGCUUCCCAACAGUGAUGUGAAGUGUUCUGUUCUUUAAAGCAUGUCAUUGGAGCAAUUUUCUUUCAAUAUCCUUUUUUGCCCAUCAGAGGGUGCCAUCUCUUCCUUGUAGUUGAGCUUUGCUGUGUGACCGUGGACUAUUUUAUUUACACAGUAACAUUUUAUUAUUUUUAACCCUUGAAAAGCAAUCUGACGACCACACUAGCAUCCACAUGGACAUCAUAGCAGAAACUGUACUCUUUGUACCAUGGAGAACAAUGAACACUGGCAGACUUUCUUCAUUGAAAUGUACACCGAAGAGGUGACCCAACUGAAUUUGUAAACAUUUCUAUCUCUUGAAAGGGAGAUGUGUAAGAUGUCUCAAAGUAUACUGGUGUGCAUUGACUAAUAAGGAAAUAUGUUCUAAAUGCCUGAAUGGAGAGCUCAGUGGUUUAUAAAUAUCUUCCUUCAGCUGUAGGAUGCCUGAUGUUUACCCCCAGCUGCACAGCCUCCUAAUGUUCCAUCAUGUGUGCCUAAAACUGCAUGGCUUCAAUGGAGUUGAACAGGCAGACGGAGGGUGGACAAUAUGCUUUAAACCUCUUAUUGUGCCCUUGUAUAUACAGCUCCAGAUUCAUCCUGAUAUGGUCUAGUUGUAUCUAUUUCACUGUCAGUUCACUAUGCACAUUUCUGUUUGUGCCCAGGUUGUAGCUGUGUGUUUGUCUGAGUGGGAAAGGGCUGACUUAGGAAAGGUACUAGAAAGAGGGUGAUUUAGAUGGUUUCAAGUUUUAUGCUUUCCUUUGUGUCUACCAUGAGUGUUUAUUUUAUAUUGUCCCAGAAUGCAGUGGGAUUUUUAUUUGUUGGGUAUGUGUCAUUUUUUUGUUGUAACUAAUAGAAUAUGACAUUUAACAAAUAAAAUAUUUUAUGGUUUCUUGGAA